AUCAGUUGCAACACAAAAAUGUGCACGUUGCGCUCCCAAUGAUCAUGUGCAUCCCGGAAUGAAUAUCUGGAAAAUUCUUGAAGUUUGGUUUAGCGCACGGUUAAUUGAGGUUUGGUCAGUAACUUACGUUGAGAAAGCGUAA